UGCUGCGGUGGCUUGUGUCCAUCAUGAUGAUUUUCGUAUCAAGAUGUUAAGAUCAGAGCAGCAAAUCUAGUGCUGUACUGCAUGUUUACAACCUGGUGAGUGAGUAAACGUUGGACGAAACCAUGAUCUGGACGAUGGCUUCGCUAGUGGCCAAGCCCCCCGAAUUCUGACCUCAGAGACCGCCGCGUAGGCAGCAUCAUUUUGAGUACAUGGCUUCAUCCCGAGUGGAAUACAGUGACAAUUCUACUGAACAUUUUCGACUCUUUCGACUAGCAGAAAAAGGAUCCCGCGACGACUCAAUCUGCCGUUACUGAUCACUGCUGAACUAGGAUCUCAUCUCAUCUUCCCGUCUCAGCUACAUCUCUUCAUGUCACCAUUCCCGGCUUCACAAUAAACAAUGGACUUUGCGCCGUACCAAGAUGAAUCUCCAGAGAUAGAACGUGCUCUAUCUCCCCCUCCUGCUAAGAGCAGGCCGUCUCUCGACUCUCAAAGAGUGCGAUCUCCUCCUCCACCUCAAAGCCGACCAUCGCAGCCUCCCUCGAGAACCAUAUCAGAAGUUGCACCACACCCGCAAAGAGCUUUCGGGAAUAAUAAUAAUGCCUUUGCUUCUUCGCAGCAAGAGCGGGGACAGAGUUUGGAGGCCUUCGAGACGAGCUUGCCUAUCAGGUUGGACUAUGAAGCCUGCCUGGCAUACCUUCUACUUCCACCUGCCGGAGGGGUGUUUCUUCUCAUCUUCGAACACAAGAGCGACUACGUUCGUUUCCACGCAUGGCAAUCGAGCAUGCUAUUCGCCGUCAUCUUCGUUUUACACCUCAUUCUCGCGUGGUCCAGCGUACUCUCGUGGAUGCUCUUCACGGUCGACCUGUUGCUGAUUGGUUUUUUGGCUAUGCAUGCUUAUCGGGAUGUCGAUACCUUGGAUCACUACGAGGUCCCAUUCUUCGGGCGUUUGGCGAAUUCCUUUGUGGAUGAUGAGUGAGCAUCGAUUGCAUCCAGUCGAUUUACUGCCAGGACCCCUCCAGAAGACAAAGCGUUGAGAAAUAAUUAGUCAAGAGAAGGCUUUUUCGGACAACCUGUAUAAUAUCCUUCUCAAAGAGUACGAGAUCUAAUCGGCAGAUGGUGCUUAUCCAAGAAGAGAUGGGUGAAACUACGGACUUUUAACAAAAUUGUACAAGCCGCCCAGAUCGAUUCAGCCAUCGUCAAACUGAUUACACGUGAGAUCCCAGUGCCAAAGUGGGAUAUUGUUGAGGACGGCUUGGAACCACCAUACGUCGACAUUACAGAAUCUGCUGGGCAGGCGUGCCUCUCUCCAUCGAGUCAUUGAAGCCUCUCAGACAAGGCCACAAUUCUCACUCCGAUGCCAUCCAGAAACACAAUACGCAGCAAAUGUUGAUGGGUCAGUUAACUUCGCAAAACGCAGCCUUGGGGGCAAAUUCCGGCUCAGUUGUACAAGUAUUGGUGCCGUGGUUGUGUAGAUUACCCUCCACCUCCGGCGGCUUCUUCCUUUCCCGGGCGUCUGGCAGACAACCUGGAAAACGAUUUCUGCAGUAGAAAGGUAUCCGGGAAGGGAGAUGCAACUCUUUAUUCAAAUAAUAAUUAUAAUAAUAAUGCAUUGUACCGAUAAAAAC